UGUCUGCUAGGAUGGCAUUGAGGCCUGUCAGUUAGUCUGUUUUAACAGAUGCUAGGGAUGCCAUCUGUGGGAUAAAAGCUUUUAAUCACAGAUAAAUCCAUUGGACUGUGCAGCAAAGGCAUUUAAGAGCUUAAAAAGCAGUCCCUCUGGGAGACUUUCACAUGCUUAACCAUGCUGAUUUCGACUUCACCACUACAUCGAUAGGCUAUCGUUUUUGUAAAAGUAAUUGAUAGGCCCUACAAAAAUUCACUUGGAGUAAUACCAAAGAGCAAUGACCAUUGCUUGUCUGUCUUUGGCAGGCUAAAAUGACAGUCAUGCAUAAACAUGGCUCCUGUAUGAAAGUUUUGGUACUUGUGGGAGGGACUAAUUUAGGUCACACUUCCUUAUUGAUUGGUUGGCAUAAGCAAACGUGACAGUCCCCUUCAAAUAAUUGUCUGGUAAGAAUAACUAACUUGCCAUAUACCUAUAUUUUCCCUAUUAAACAGAGAAAUAUGUAAUAAUUGAUAUAGUUUAGGAGCGAAGAGGUGACAUAUCGCUUGAAGAGCAACUCCUACUUCCGUGUUGUCCCUCAAUGUAAAGCAGUCCUAUUACAGGAAGCUGUAGCCUAAUCUGUAGGGGUUAAUCCGCGCAGUUUACAGGUAUUUAACCAUCAAAGUCUUCGAAUGUUACAUUGUAUCGUUGAGCAACAUACGUUAGAAUCUAUAUCAAUGUUCGUGACAUUCGAAUCCACCGAGUAAUUUUUUAUUUAUUUUUUAAAUACAUACAUAGUGUGCCCUUGAUCGACCCUCUUUCAAUGUAAUUUGAUGAAGUGAAGGAGCAGCGAUUUCGGAGAAUACGGACGAUAUAAGCUACAUGUAGCAAAACAGAAGAUUCAAUCGCUGCCCACGUCAGAGGAACUGCGGUACAUUAGCGGAAGAAUGCCAGCGGGUGUGUGUGGCUGCUGUGGACCCCUGAGGCCCAGGUACAAACGCCUGGUUGAUAACAUCUUCCCAGAGGACCCCAAAGAUGGCCUGUCCAAGUCAGACAUGGAGAAGCUCACCUUCUACGCGGUUUCAGCCCCGGAGAAGUUGGACAGGAUUGGGGCCUACCUGGCGGAGCGACUGAGCCGAGAUGUGGUCCGCCACCGCUACGGGUACGUGGUCAUCGCCAUGGAGGCUCUGGACCAGCUCCUGAUGGCCUGUCACUCCCAGAGCAUCAAGCCCUUUGUGGAGAGCUUCCUCCACAUGGUGGCCAAGCUGCUGGAGUCCCGGGAGCCAGACCUGCAGGUCCUGGGGACCAACUCGUUUGUCAAGUUUGCCAACAUCGAGGAGGACACACCGUCCUACCACCGGCGCUACGACUUCUUUGUCUCCCAGUUCAGCGCCAUGUGCCACUCAACCCACGAAGACCCUGAGACCAGAACCAGGAUCCGUGUGGCCGGUAUCAAAGGGCUGCAGGGCGUGGUGAGGAAGACGGUGAACGAUGAGCUUCAGGCCAUCAUCUGGGAGCCCCAGCACAUGGAUAAACUCAUCCCCUCCAUGCUGUUCAACAUGCAGGAUGCCGAGGACCUAGACAGGGUGGGCCCACCCAGCACGCCUUCGGAGACAGGGCAGGAUGGUGAGGAAAACCCAGCGUCCCUGGCCGAGAGCUGCUUCAGAGAGCUGCUGGGAAGAGCCGCCUACGGCAACAUGAACAACGCCGUCCGCCCUGUACUAGUGCAUCUAGACAACCACCGGCUAUGGGAACCCAACGAGUUUGCAGUUUCCUGUUUCCGGAUCAUUAUGUACUCCAUACAGGCCCAACACUCCCACCACGUCAUCCAGCAGGUCCUGGGCCACCUGGACACGCACAACAAGAACACACCCCGCAUGAGGGCCGGCAUCGUGCAGGUCCUUCUCGAGACGGUUGCCAUAGCAGCCAAAGGCUCCGUUGGCCCUACGGUACUGGAGGUGUUCAACACCCUGCUCAAGCACCUGCGGAUGAGUGUGGACUUUGAGCUGGGUGAGAACUCCAGACGGAACUCCGGCGCCAGCGUGUCCUCGUCCGGACGGGUCAAGGAGAGCGAGGAGCGCAUCGUCCAGAACGCCAUCAUCCAGACAAUCGGGUUCUUUGGUGGAAACCUGCCAGACUACCAGCGUGCGGAGGUGAUGAUGUUCAUCAUGGGCAAGGUGCCCGUGUAUGGCACCCCCUGCCACACCCUGGACACUGUGAAGAUUGGGCACCAGGGCACCAAGCGUAUCCAGGCCAUGCUGCUGAGCUCGCUCAUCAUGGUGACCUCUGGUUUCAAGUCCAAGACCAUGGUGGCAGCACUGCCCGCACCCUUCCUGGACCCACUCUUCUCCAUUUCACUCAUGGAGGACUGCGAGCUUCGCCAGUUGGUCCUUGAGAUCCUGCUCAACAUCAUCGAUCGCCACGACAACCGUGCCAAGCUGCGGGGCAUCAGGAUCAUUCCUAAUGUGGCGGCCUUGAAGAUAAAGAGGGAGAAGAUAUCGAAACAAGACGUUGGGUUCAUGAAAAAGCAUGGGCAGCAGCUGUACCGUCACAUCUACCUGGGCUGUAAGGAGGAGGACAACGGUCACAAGAGCUUUGAGCUACUCUUCACUACCCUGGCCGUGCUCACCAUUGAGCUGGCCAACGAGGAGGUGGUGGUGGACCUCAUCAGGCUGGCUCUUGCCCUGCAGGAUAUGUCCUUGGCUAAUGAGGAGAACAUGCCCAUGGUCAUCCGUUGUGGCAUCAUGGCACUGGUGGCGGCCUACCUGAACUUUCUUAGUCAGAUGAUCGCCAACCCAGCCUUCUGUCAACACGUCAACAAGGUGAUUGAGAUGAGGAACCUGGAGGCCCCUUACCUCCUCCCUGAGCACAUCUUCAGAGAGAAGUGUCCGCUUCCAAAUUCUCUUGAGAAGGAAGAUCGGAGCCUGUAUUUCCAGACGGUUGACCUCGCGGAGUGCCUGGUCGGCCCAGGAUACAACGCUGAGCGUCUCUCAAUCCCCUACGUCCCCCAAGUGACAGAUGAAGACCGCUUCACCAGAAGAAAGAGUUUGGUUGACACCAUUUCUCUUCAAGUGGAUUUCCCUUCCGAUAGCCUACCAGACAAGUCACCGCUGGCUGAGGAGAUCACCUUCGAGACUCUGAAAAAGGCCAUUGAAACCACAGGGUUGGAGGAGCAGGAGAAGGAGAAGAGGCGCCAGGUCAUGGAGAAGUUCCAGAAGGCUCCAUUUGAGGAGAUUGCCGCCCACUGCGAGUCCAAGGCCAAUAUGUUACAUGACAGACUGGCGCAAAUCUUCGAGCUCACUAUCCGGCCCCCUCCCAGCCCCUCUGGAGUGGUGUCUAUCUCUGCGGGCCACGCUCAACACCAGUCUGUCCCUGUCUACGAAAUGAAGUUCCCCGACCUGUGUGUCUACUAGAUCAAAGACCACGCCUUGUACCCUAACCCUGACCACUAACCAUACCCAGACCUGUGUGUCUACUGGAGCAAAGACAACCACAUAGCCCUUACCCUAACCACUAACACAGUGUACCCUCAACCCUAACCACUAACCAUACCCAGACCUGUGUGUCUACUGGAGCAAAGACAACCACAUAGCCCUUACCCUAACCACUAACGCAGUGUACCCUCAACCCUAACCCAUUUCCUAACCCCUUCAGAUCUGCGUGUCUAUUAAAGCAAAAAAAGUGGCAGGAUAGAACCACUAAAACCCUAUAUCCUCAACCCUACCCCCUAAGUCUGCUCCUUAGCCCUAUACCAGAUAUGUCAGCUACAGCAAAGACUAGCUGCGGCACUAAGCCCUAAUACUGUGUUCCCUAUUUCUUAACACUGCACAUUGUUCCUGCCCCUCCUCAGACUAAUGUGUCUAUUACCAGAUGAGAUGGCUGUAGUUUCCAGGCACACAGGCUACACACACGUGAACGUGUGCGCACACACACAUUCGUAGUUAUAGUCUAAUCAAUUAGCUGUGGUGUGUUGGCUUAUACACUUGGAAAGUGGAGAUGUCAUAGAAUAUCGAAAAGUGAACAUUACUGGAGGCACCUUGUCGUUUCAAAGAUACCACCGCGCUUGCUAGCAAAGAGAUUUGUGGUGGCUAAUUAACAGUAAAUAAGUGAAUUGUUUUGCCUCACCGUUAGCCAAGAGGCUUACUACCUAGCCAGCAAAACUUGUUUACAGUUAGUUAGCAAUCGUUUCAAAACUAUUUUGCUAGCAACAUAGUGCUGCCGUGUUAAUUAUAACCGGUCUCACAAAAUGUGUCUCCCGUUGUUUUACCAUUGUGACGCGUAUCCAUGCAUUUCUGUGCUGAUUAGAGAAAAGUAAUUUUAGCGGCCAGCCUGAAAUUGGCUUUUGCAGACAGAUAAGCCACAGUGCUGCAGAAAGCUAAUACCUUUUUUUUUUUUUUUUUUUUAUGUCCCAAUUGAAUGAAAACCAAUUCGUAUAUGUUAAUCUGUGUGAAAGGACAAGGUGAAUUUCAGGUAGAACAUUGAGAGUCUUGGAAAUGUGGAAAUUCUAUUCUGGAUUAUUUGGGAAUAGACAUCUUGGUGGAUUGAGCAGGGUUCUUUGUUGCAGGUCCAUUAUGGCAGUGUUUCAAAAAUGUUUGGUAUGAGACCAGGCUAGUAACGUGGUAGUAACCCCCCCCCCCCCCCCCCCCUGUUAUGUUAUGGUCUUGACUUGUGGUUCCUUCCAUAGGAAUCCAGUCACCACUGUUCAAAACCCACUGGAGUCAUGCCCUUCAGGACCUGUACUGAGGAAUGGUAUUGUUGACCAGCUAACGCUAAUAGAAAAGCAAGCAGUCGGUUACUAAAGGCACCAUGUCAUUUAGUUGAUAUAUUGAUCGUUUAGGAUGAUAUGGCAGCCAUGUGCAUUCACCUUUUUUGGUGUUAAUUGAUGUGUUCAGGCAGUUGUACUGAACACUCCCUUCACCUCCGCGUAUCUUUUUCAUAGCACUUUCACAAUAUGGUACAAAAACAUUUCGUUAUUUUUAUCACACCGUCUUGACAAGAUUCGUGCGAAGGCUAUUAAGUCGUCUUUUUCUUCUCAACCCUCUCACCGAUGCCGAGCACAAUACAAGUAUUCUAACGCAAUGGACUUUGGAUAGUUGCAUCUAUUUUCUCGUAAGGCAUUUUACAUGAACAGUUAGAGAUUUUUCAUUAUUGAUGAUCACAUUUCAAAUCUCUGUCGUUUCUCUUUCCAGUAAUUUGAUAUGACGUGUUGGUUUGAUAUCACGAUGCGUCGAAUAACUAUAGAUACAGUAUAUACAAUGUUAUGCUUAUUGCUAUAGGCCAGAUGUUUAUGUGCAGUAUAAUUGGUAUUGUUCACAUGGGUUUCAUAGCUUGCAGCUAGCUUCCUGUGGAUAUGUGUCAUGAUGAUUUGUCUUGAUUUAGUAUUGAUUGUUAUUUAGAGUAUGUGGGGAAAUAUAAUCGAGAGGGUUCACCAAUAUCGUUUUCCAACUUACCUGGCAGGACAAGAUCUGUCAUAACUCUGUUGGCCAUCUAGAAUACCAAAACACUUUCAUCUUUACCAAAGAAUCCAUUUGCCACGGCCGCCCACCCGUCCCCUCCCUCCCUCUAACGUCUUAAUAACGAUGUCACUCAACAUUUUGUUUCCGAGGGAACCAAAUAUCUGUCGUUGUGCUGUUUGGCGCUUGCCACUGGGCUGUUUAAUAACCCAGGUUGUUAUCUUACUUUACUAUUGUUACAUCCUGGCUUGGUGCGGGUGUCUCUCCUGUUUCCAGUGCUAUGGGAUGACGCAGACAUGCUGUGUGAAACGCUGCGUUAGUCAAGGACAAAAGGUCCUCGAUUUGCGGUCGUCGGAUCGUAACAGAUUAUUUUGGAAGGACCCAUCUAAGCAAAGGACCAUUCGGCGAAGGGGUGGGCAUAGUUCAGUCCGACAGAGGUUAGUGUCAGGGACGGGGUCUGCAGUCCUCCCAAACAAGACACUCUAAUAAUGAUUAUGAGGCCAUUUGAAAAGAGGCUGCAGCGAUAUGGGUGAUGUUGAGAUGGUUAAUAGUGUGGGCUCAAGUUGAAGAACAGAGAGGCUAAAGUGAUGUUGAGAUGGUUAAUAGCGUGGGCUCAAGUUGAAGAAUAGAGAGGCUAAAGUGAUGUUGAGAUGGUUAAUAGCGUGGGCUCAAGUUGAAGAACAGAGAGGCUAAAGUGAUGUUGAGAUG